AAGUCCGGCACAGAGUUGGAAUUAGUUGGGUUUGCAGUUUCGAGUGAUUAUUAAUACGUUCGAAAAGUACAAUUUCUUUGGAUAGAAUGACACCUCUUAAAGUUGUAGGGGCAGUCUGCCUCAUUCUUGGGGUCAUGGGUGUUGGCCAAGUUAGCAGUCAUGGUCGAGUACUAAACCCACCGACGAGAGGGUCCCUUUGGAGAGAACCUGAGUACGCGUGGGCCAAUCCGGGACAUCAAGCUGACGACCAAGAGCUUCUUUGUGGUGGACGAGACGUGACUGAUCCGUACGUUGGGGCGUGUGGUCUUUGUGGUGACAGUCUUCUAGAUCCUAGACCAAGAAAGCAUGAAAUCGGAGGCGAGUUUGAUAGAGGACUCAUCGUACGAAAUUACACUGUCGGACAGACAAUCCCAAUUGAAAUCGUCAUCGCUGUGGAUCAUCGAGGCUGGCAUGAAUUCCGACUUUGCCCCUACAGUGAGACUGGUGUUGAAUCUGAGGAAUGCUUCAAUCGACACUUGCUCCGUUUUGGUCAUGGGUCAACCCGAGAACUUCUUAACGGUCAAACAAGCGUUGUCCUCCCCGCGGGCGUCACUUGCAGUCGAUGUGUCCUUCAAUGGUCUUGGUUCGGAGAAGGAUCCAACCAAUACUACAGGAAUUGCAUGGAUAUUUCUAUCCGAUAAGGAACCCAGAUGUUACACCAUUCAAAUCUGGAUAAUUAUUAAUAAUGCAUAUUGUAAACCUAUAAAAUUUCUAAAUUCGAGAAGUUCAUACGUCAAAGUACCAAAAAUGAAUACAAAGAAGAUCAUUGUUUUAACCGCA